UCAUCAUCUCACGUGGAUAAAUCUCACGGAUAAUCGCACCUACUCUGAAAAAUACCCUUCAUUUUUCUUUCCUUUUCUUUUUAACUUUUUUUUCAUAGGUAUUCACCCCUCCCAGUUUUCCCAAGAAAAUCAACAAAAUAUCCACACGCAACUCUUUUUAAUCGAUAUUUAAAUGCAUUUUUUUUAACUGAAAAACCAUAAAGAAAGAGGAGAGAUUAAAGUAAGAAUUGGACUAAUAAAUCAUGGAGAACAGAGCUGUAGAGAACGGAGUUUGUUCAACAGAAUCAGUGAAUGUAAGCUGUGAUGUUUGGAGUUGUAAAAAUUCUGAUUCUUCUUCUGCUGAUCAUCUUGUCAUUAUGGUCCACGGUAUCCUUGGAAGUAACACUGAUUGGAAGUUUGGAGCAGAGCAGUUUGUUAGAACUUUACCUGAUAAAGUAUUUGUUCAUUGUAGUGAAAAAAAUAUGUUUAGGCUGACACUUGAUGGUGUUGAUGUGAUGGGCGACCGUUUGGCCGAGGAGGUACUUGAAGUGAUUCAAAGAAAGCCAAAUUUGCAGAAGAUUUCAUUUGUUGCACAUUCUGUGGGAGGAUUAGUGGCAAGAUAUGCAAUUGGGAGAUUGUAUAGACCACCCAAGAAAGAAAACGUAGAAGAUUCAACUGAUGGUACAAGCAUAGACGACUUAAAGGCUACAAUUGGUGGCUUGGAGCCUAUGAACUUUAUCACUGUUGCUACACCACACCUUGGUUCCAGGGGAAAUAAGCAGGUUCCAUUUCUUUUUGGUGUAACUGCCUUUGAGCAAGCAGCCAACCUCUUGAUUCAUUGGAUAUUUAAGAGAACAGGUCGGCACCUUUUUUUGAAUGAUGAUGAUGAGGGCAAACCUCCAUUGCUUAAACGCAUGAUAGAAGAUUAUGGUGAUUGUUUUUUCAUGUCAGCAUUGCGUAUAUUCAAACGUCGGGUAGCAUAUUCAAAUGUUUGCUAUGAUCAUAUUGUGGGCUGGAGAACAUCGUCCAUUAGGCGUAGUAUUGAAUUGCCGAAGUGGGAGGAUUAUAUUAACAAGGAAUAUCCACAUAUUGUAUACGAAGAAUGCUGCAAGGCCUGCGACACUGAGCAGUCUGAGCUUGUUUCAACAGAUGAUGAUAGUUUCGACAAGUUAGAAGAGGAACUAGUGACAGGUCUAUCCCGUGUGUCAUGGGAAAAAGUAGACGCUAGCUUCCACACCUGCAGACAGAGGUUUGCUGCUCAUAGUGUCAUUCAGGUUAAGGAUCAGAGCAUGCAUAUAGAAGGCGCGGAUGUCGUACAACAUCUGAUCGAUCAUUUUCUUCUGUGAAGCCAGUGGCUACUUAGACAUAACACAUUACAGCUGGAUGCGAGGUCCAAUAUGGUUGAAGAAUGUCAACUAUCAUGGUGAUGGUGAAUUCAGCAAAAACUAUGAGCAAUUUAAUAUAAAUUUUGUUUAUUCAUUCAUGUAUUGUAUGUAUUGCACACGUUCUUUAUAAUUAUGAAUAAAUGAAUGCUAUAAAUAUAGGCCUA